AUGGCUGCUGUCUCGGUGAUCCUGAUCGCUGUUGUCCGUGUCUUCCUUCAAAAACACGCCCGGGACAUCGCUCGGCGCACGGCACGGAACAUCCAGGAACGCGCCAGAUCCGCCUUGCUGUUCGCCGCUGUGGCGCGAUCGCCUUCGGAGAGCUUUCCCUCGUCCGGGGCCUUUGCCGCGCAUGUCGUCGACCAGGUUGAUCUGCUGGGUCCCUACUAUCGAAACUUCAUGCCGCAAUACAUGCGGCUGAAGCUUGUCCCGAUCGGUAUCGUCCUGAUCACGGCCUGGUUCAGCUGGCUUGCGGCCUUGAUCCUGCUUGUCUGUGGCCCGGUGAUACCGGUGUUCAUGGCGUUGAUCGGGUCCCGCGCAAAGGCAGCGAGCGAGGAACAGCAGGAGGAACUGACGCGUCUCAGCGGCUUGUUGCUUGACCGGAUCAGGGGACUUGAAACGCUGACAGUAUUCGGUGCGCUAGACCGCACCAGGUCAGAUAUCCAUGACGCGGGAGAACGCUUCAGGCUGGGUACGAUGAAGGUCCUGAAGGUGGCCUUUCUGUCUUCAACGGUGCUGGAACUCUUUUCCGCGCUCGGUAUUGCCUUUUCUGCGGUUUAUGUGGGUUUCACCCUGCUGGGCGACCUCGAUAUCGGCACUUGGGGAACGCCUCUCGGAUAUGCCGGCGGCCUGUUUGUUCUCCUGCUUGCACCGGAGUUCUUUGCUCCUCUGCGCGCCUUUUCCGCCGCCUAUCACGACCGCGCAGCCGGGAUCGCAGCGUCCCGAAAGUUGUCUGAACUUCUUGCUGACAUGCAAACCGGCAGUCCCGCAGAAAUUCGGACGAGCAACGGCACACAGGAAAGCGGGACAGGGCAGGGCUCACGAAAUCUGUUCGGUCCACCUGCAAUUUCAUUCAGUAACCUGUCGAUCACCCUUUCAGGCAGACCGGUAUUCGAUCGAUUCACGUUUAGCAUCGCAUCAGCCGAAACCGUUUUGCUUGCAGGCAAAAGCGGGCGCGGAAAAUCGACACUUCUCGACUGCGUUCUCGGAUUCCGGACACCGGAUACGGGGCAGGUGCUGCUUGACGGAACCGAUGUGCACUUAUUGGCAAGGGAGCUUCGGUCGAGCGUCAUGUGGCUCGCACAAGCGCCAAGACUGUUCCAUGGCUCCGUCAAGGCGAACCUGCUCAAGGGGCAUUCAAGCCCGGACACGAUCACUUCGGACGAGAUCUGGGACGCGUUGCGCCUGGCAGGAGCGGAAGACCUCGUCAGGCGGUUGCCGCAGGGGCUCUCGACCCAGAUCGGAGAAAACGGCUUCGGUCUGUCCGUCGGGGAGAUCCGGCGCAUCGCACUGGCACGCGCAGCAUUGCGGACCGAUGCCGGGCUGCUUCUCGCCGAUGAACCGACGGCCGGUCUAGACAGGGAGACCGCCGCCGAUGUCGUCAAUGGCCUGCAACGCCUGGCAAAGGGCAGAACAACGCUCGUUGCCUCGCAUGAUGCUGCAGUUCUGGGGUUGCCCGGCCGUUUGCUUGACCUGGACAAGGUUGGCGCCCGUGAACUGGAGACGGCAAAGCGUCAGGCCAAGUAUGACCGUUUUCAUUUCUGGAUCGGUAUCCUUGUCGCCGUGUUGCCUGCAGCUGCCGGCAUCCUGCUCCUGGGUGUUUCCGGGUGGUUCAUCACGGCAGCAGCGAUCGCCGGUCUGAGCGGAGCGUUCCUCAACAUAUUCGCGCCAAGCGCAAUUAUCCGUGCCCUCGCGAUUGUCAGGACUGCAGGUCGCUAUGGCGAGCGUCUGCUUACCCACGACGCGACCUUUCGCUUCCUGAGCGAUCUCCGUGACCGGCUGUUCGCGCUCCAUUCUUCGACAGCACUGCAGGGUCGCCGGUCCGGUAUGCUGCUGAACCGCUUGACGGCGGACAUUGCGGCGCUUGAUGCGAUUUACCUUCGUCUCGUUGUUCCUGGCGCGGUCGCGGUGGUCAUUCUGAUCUGUCUUCUCGCGUUUUGGGCUUCUGUUUCGGCACCGGUGUUCCUGGUGGGUCUCGUGUUCGUUCUGGCGUGGACCCUUUUGGCAUUCCGUUCGUUUGCGCGGCCCGACAACAACAGCGCGCGCCGCGCCGACGCCGCGUCCGAAGCAAUGCGACUGCGUGCAGCGGAUAUGGCGGCGGGCCGGCGGGAUCUUGCAGUUUAUGGCGGGAUGGACGCGGCAGCUGACGACAUCGUUGAUGCCGGCCACCGGCUUGAGCAGGCCGAAGACCUUCUCGAAGGGCGGGCCGAGACAACAUCAGCGGUCUCAAACCUCGUCGGGCAGACCUUUCUGGCGACUAUGCUGACGGUUUGCGUGCUCGGUGUUGAGGACGGUUCCAUCGGCGUUGCUUUCGCGGUCGGUCUCGUGCUCGUCGUGAUAGCACUGCCGGAAAUCAUCUCGAUGAUGCUUGCCGGACUUGAAAACCUGCCUCGCAUGUCGUUGGCCGCCGGGCGUGCCACUAGAGCUGGAGAGGCUCCGUCGGGCAGCGGCAAGGCGCAAACAGAUAUCGAAGAUCCGAAGCUGUGCACCGCAAGCGUUUUGCGUUUUCACGGGGUUUCCUAUCGCUAUGAAGGUGCCGCUAAGAACGUUUUGGACGGUUUGUCGUUUGAAAUUGGUCCUGGCGAGAUCGUCGCCAUUGCCGGGCGCAGCGGGUGCGGCAAAAGCACCAUUGCCGCGCUUGCGGCCCGGCUUAUCGGGCCGCGCGACGGGUACAUUCUGCUGAAUGGGCGUCCGGUCGAUGAUUACCGGGAAGACGAACUUCGCCGCACGGUUACGGUCGUCAGCCAGCGCCCGUAUCUGUUCAACGACACGCUCGCGGCGAACUUGCACCUGGCCGACCCUCGGGCAACUGACGCGGAGCUUUGGAAUGCGCUGGAGCAAUCCGCGCUGGCAGAACGCAUUGCCGCCGGCAGAAACGGACUGUCCGCCGUUCUCGGAGAAGGCGGGCUGGGAUUGUCCGGUGGGGAACAGCGCAGACUUGCGCUUGCCCGCGCAUUCCUCACCCGGCCUGCUCUUUUCGUUCUGGACGAAAUGACGGAAGGUCUCGACGAGGGAACCGCAGGAGAUGUUCUCGGCAGGUUUCUGGAAUACCGGGGGAAAUCGGCCGUGUUGAUGAUCGCGCACAAACAGCGCGAACUGGAUGCCGCCGAUCGUGUUCUGCACUUGUAA